CUCCGGCAGAGCAAAGAUACCUUUUCCCAAAAAGUUUUUCCCAGCCAUUAAUUAAUUUCCGCCCGUGCCACCUGAAUUAACGUUCCGGGCGGCGUGAAGGAGUCGUCCUUGCAGCAUGAGCGGCAUGUAUCAGGAGAUCUUGGCUUUUGUCUUAACUACAUCGGGCUGGAUACUGGAGUCUUCCACCGUGUCGAUGGACUUCUGGAAGGUCUCCUCAAACGAUGGAUCUGUCAUUACCACAUCUACUUUCUGGGCCAAUCUGUGGAAGCACUGUGUGACCGAUUCGACGGGGAUCUCCAACUGCAGAGACUUUCCGUCAAUGUUGGCUCUGGAUGGUUACAUCCAGGCUUGCAGGGGACUGAUGAUUGCAGCCAUCUGCAUGGGUUUGUUCGGUUCCGUGCUUGCCCUCGUAGGAAUGAAAUGCACCAAAAUUGGAGGAAGCGACAAGAACAAAGCCAGGAUCGCCUGCUUUGCUGGUGUAGACUUUAUUCUCUGUGGCAUCUGCUCACUUUCUGCCUGUUCCCUCUAUGCACACCGGAUAACAACUGAGUUUUUUGACCCGAUGUUUAUGUCUCAGAAGUAUGAGCUGGGAGCUGCUCUCUUCAUCGGCUGGGCCGGUGGUAUCCUCUGCAUUCUGGGGGGCAGUGUCUUCUGCUUCUCAGUUGCAGAUUCUUUUUCAAGAAGCCACAGUCAGGCAAACUAUAUCUACAGAGGCGCUGCCUCACAUUCGCACAUCACCGCCUACACAAGAGGGCAGACGAAGCCUGUAAAGGAAGGGCAUGCUGCAGAUAACAGCAGCUCCUCCAGGGUGCAGCACUUUGAUAAAAAUGCAUAUGUGUAAGGGAGGUGAAUCCAAAUCUUUUAAACCUAAAGUCGUUGGUGGACUUUUAGGAGUUUUACCUUCAGCAUGUGAGAUGUGACAACAGCAGCAGUGGGGCUCAGUCUAAUAGCAGCUGAGGUCACUGAAACAGAUUUGUGUUUCACCUGCUUUUCAGUUAUAAAUUUUUGAUUAUUUUUUUUUGUCUUCAAGGCAAAGUACUUUAAAGGCUUUCUGACAGUUUACUCAAUGUUCUCUUGUUUUUAUGCCCUUUUGUAUGUUCCGAAUAUAAAAACAUGAAAAGCGUGGACCAGAAAUGAGCUUGUUUGAUUAAAUAUGGUCAUAAUUCUCUGUGUAUUUCUAUGAAACUUUUGAAUUUGUGUUACUUUUAUUUGCAUUUUGGUUUAGUUGCGUGUACCUGUUACUGUAUCAAAGCCAUAAUGACAAAUUUAGAAAUUAUUCGAUACAUUUGAACAUUUGUCAAUGUGCAUUUUUAGUUGUGUUUGUAUCAAAAUAGAUAAAAAAAUAUUGAGAUCUGAUUUUGUUCUAGUAGUUUUUCCUAAAGGCAUUUCAACCCCUCUUCAUUCAUUUUUCACAAUCUCUUCAAGUAGAAACAUUAAUACUACAGUCAUUAAAUCUUGGACUUGCAUGAUGGAGCAGCUGUCAGCACUGGUGCCUUAAAGUAAAAAGGUCAACAGUUCAAAUCCUGUGUAAUGGGCUUUUCAACAUGGAGUUUAUAUGUAUCCUUUGGUUAAACAAUAUAGCACCUUGAUGAUGUAGUAAUGGUGGCUGUUUAUUUCCCCUUCUAAAAUGUUCUAACCCAUCUAAUAAAUAUUACUUUACAAUUUAUAAAAUCUCUUUACAAUUUUAAUGUCUUAAAUGCCUUAAGUGGAGAGAAACACAUUGAUGCCGGCAUGUACUGCAAAUAGCAGUUAGUGACACAGAGUAAUUGAUUGGUAGACUUUUCAUAAAACAGCUUAAGAAACCAUAUUUUUAAUAAGCACAGACUGACAAAAAUUGUUGUCAGCUGUUGUCAGGCAUUGUC